CGCUUCAAACAAUUUGAAAUUUGCGCUUUUUGAAUGCAGUGGAGACGCCUGGUGAUGGUCGAUAAUGCAGUGAAAAAUUUGCGAAAUUGGCGGCGAAAGUUUGACAGCCGGCUGAGCGUCAGUGUGUUAGUGAAAAAGUGUAAACAAUGUCCGAGAGAUCAAUUUCUGGUGUUUCUGGCCAAGUCCUGGCCAAGCCGUUGCAUAUUCAGCGCCUGGAGGCUGCUCUGGACAUGGGGCCCUUCAUGGCGUAUGCGCAGGAUUUCCUGUCGCAGCCUCUUUCCAGUUCUGACGACAGCGACAUUGAGGGGGAAGUUCCUGGCCAAAGUGGAAAGAUUUCCGGGGUUUCCACCUCCAAAGAGGAACGUACAAAUGACAAAAUUCGCGUGUACAAUUUCUCGAACGUUGGUCCGGAGAGAAAGUGGCUUCAGGACGUUCUCUUGAGUGACACAGAGUCUGGGUCUGAGAUGGGGGAGGAGGAAUAUGUGCGGGAGAUGCUGAAGAGUCAUUUGAGAGAGCGACAGUUGCGUACAAAGUUUUACAGGAAUGCAAAUAAUGCCCAAUUUGGGUACUACGGGGCUGGACUUUUGUCCAAUCAUGACAUGUUCCCGGAGCAUCAAAGGUCAAUUGUGGGCUCCCGGAAGAAGCGCUCGAAAGAGAAGAAACGUAAGAAGCGUCAGAAGCUGCCCAAGAUGGGCCAGGUGAAGAAGUCCGGGAAGCUCAAAAGGGAUUCCGUUGAGGGAGAUGUGGAUGUUGGGGAUGUAGAUUGGGAUGAUCAGAUAGGAGGCAUUAAGGUUGAGCUCGAUGAUGAUUUUGAUUCAAAGAGCCACAGUUCAGUGAGUGUAGCAACGCCCAAAGUGUCCGGAAGGGCCAGGAAGAAGGCUGCUCUGAUGAAGACGCCCGAAAUGAUGGCCGUUCGGAGGAGGAAGGUCUGGCAGCAGAUGGCCAAGAAGGAAUUGGGCAAAGUGCAGAGAGCCAAAGUGAAUAAUCACAAGGAGAUGCUGACGAAUUGCAAAAGAGUUGCAACUCUCUGCAUGAAGAUCUUCCGGCAGAAGGCUAUGCAGUCUCAGAAGAACAUGAAGGAGACCGUCUGGAGGGCUAAGAGGCUCACUAGGGAGAUGCAGGGCUACUGGAAAAGAUAUGAUCGAGUAGAGCGAGAAACUCGGCGCCGGAUGGAGAAGGAAGCGGAGGAGCAACGGAAGAUGGAUGUGGAGUUGAUAGAGGCAAAGAGGCAGCAGCGAAAGUUGAAUUUCUUGAUAACUCAAACGGAGCUCUAUGCUCAUUUUAUGUCCCGGAAAGUGGGCUUUGUGUCUGAAGAGGAACAGCGGAGGAUCCUCAAUCAGCUAGAUGAGGAGACCAAUCCACGCCUGGUGGCCAUUGAUGACUACAAUAGUGAAGUUAUGAAGCAGAGAGCGCAGAAGAAUGCCAGCGAUGCUUUUCAGACGGAACGGGCGAGGACACAGGAGUUCGAUGUUCAUGCCAAUCGAGUUCCUCAGCCGGGGCAGGAAGUGAUUGAGGAUGUGGCCCAGCCAGAGAUGUUCAAAGGUGUACUGAAGGGGUAUCAGAUUAAAGGGAUGACCUGGCUGGCGAAUUUGUACAAUCAGGGAAUUAGUGGGAUUCUGGCGGAUGAGAUGGGCUUGGGAAAGACUGUUCAGAGUAUUGCAUUUCUCUGUCAUAUUGCUGAGCAGUAUGGAGUUUGGGGUCCAUUUCUGAUCAUUAGUCCAGCUUCGACGCUGCACAAUUGGCAGCAGGAGAUGCAGAGAUUUGUUCCAGACUUCAAUGUUGUUCCCUAUUGGGGAUCUCCGCAUGAACGGAAGAUUCUGAGGCAGUUCUGGGAGCAAAAGGAUCUCCAUACCAAAGAUGCUAGUUUUCAUGUGGUUAUCACGAGUUAUCAGCUCGUGGUAUCGGAUUAUAAGUACUUCAAUCGGAUUAAGUGGCAAUAUAUGGUCCUGGAUGAGGCUCAGGCCAUUAAGAGUUCAUCAUCAGUUCGUUGGAAGCUUCUGUUGGGUUUCAAUUGUCGCAAUCGUCUUCUCCUGUCCGGAACUCCCAUUCAAAAUAGCAUGGCUGAGCUCUGGGCUCUACUGCAUUUCAUCAUGCCGACUCUCUUUGAUUCCCACGAAGAAUUCAAUGAGUGGUUCUCCAAGGACAUCGAAUCCCAUGCGGAGAACAAGACUGGAAUCGAUGAGAAGCAAAUCUCUCGACUUCAUAUGAUUCUCAAGCCAUUCAUGCUCAGAAGGAUAAAAAAGGAUGUUGAGAAUGAGCUUUCGGACAAAAUUGAGGUUAUGGUCUACUGUCCUCUAACAACUCGCCAGAAAUUCCUGUACAUGGCCCUGAAGAAGAAGAUCAGGAUUGAGGAUCUUCUGCAUUUCACGGUAGGAGGAGGCGAGGGACAUUCCAUGGAUAAGAAUUUCACUUCCAGUCUAAUGAAUCUCGUCAUGCAAUUCCGCAAAGUCUGCAAUCAUCCGGAAUUGUUUGAGCGGCGAGAUGCAAAGUCUCCCUUUGCCAUGAAAUGUCAAGACUACCUGCUGCCCAGGCUAGUCUUUGACGAUGGCAUGUUGCUGAGGAGCUUCCCGAGUCAGAGGCAUUUGCGUGAGAAUUGGUUCAAUGUGUUCAAGGCGGAAAAUGUGCAGAGAUCGUUGUUUCCGCGCCAUAAAAGUGAUAAAAUUGUCGAUUAUUCCACAAAGUUGGAACUGGGAUUGCAGAGCGGAUUCUCCUUCAUGAGAUUCACCAGAAUGUGUCCAGAUGAAGCUGAACAGCAUGGAGUGGCAGGCUUGAUUUAUCUACUCAAUUUCAUCUACAAACGCAUCGAGAUGCUCAAACUCCUUCGUCAUCGGAGGCUUUGGUGGAGUCAGAAAUCCCUUCCAAAGGAUGCUUUGCUCCUGGAGCCGAUGCUGGAGAAUUGCCUAAAUAGCAUUUUCUUCACCUUUGGCAGCGUCCUCAAGACUCUGGUUUUUACUGGAGUCAUUUCCUCAGUGUAUACUCAUGCUGACCAGACCAUUGUAUCCAUUCCCGAAACGAUGGAGCAUCGGAUAAUCCGAAGUAAGAAUCGACGGAAUGUGACGAAGAUUGAGGAGUUGAAGAUUGAUGUGGAGGAUAACAAAGUGGGCUUAAAGUCCGUGGUGAGUCCGCUGAAGAGCCCAACGGGGCUGCAUGUGAAGUUGCCAGCAAAAUCUCCCACAGGAUCAUCAAAAUCUCCAAUAUCCCCGACUCCCAAGACAAGUCAGGGAACUGGCUUGGCUCUGCUUCCAGAAUUCCCUCAUAAGAUUUAUCCUCCAAUGGUUCUCGAGUGCUGCCCAACGGAGAUGCCCAGUUUUGUUUAUGGUCUCCCGCCCAAAGUGCAGACAUCCGGAAGGGCUCUUUAUUGUGACAGCCGGGCAGCGAGAUGGGUAGAAAUCAGGCAUGAACAGUGUGAGAAUCCGGAAGGGAGGAAGCUGAUGAAAGGGGGAUUGGAGGUAGCUAAACCUCAUCUGGGAUGGUCAUACAUCACAAUUCCGGACAAGCAGACGUUGGUUUCUGAUGCCGGAAAACUCUAUGUUCUCGAUGGACUCCUGACCAGGCUCAAGUCUCAGGGGCAUCGAGUCCUUAUCUACUCCCAGAUGACCAAGAUGAUUGAUCUCCUGGAGGAGUACAUGUGGCAUCGGAAACACAGAUACAUGAGGCUCGAUGGAUCCAGUAAGAUCUCAGCCAGACGCGACAUGGUGGCAGAUUUCCAGACGCGCGCAGACAUCUUCGUGUUCCUGCUGUCGACUCGGGCUGGAGGAUUGGGCAUCAAUUUGACGGCAGCCGAUACGGUGAUCUUUUAUGACUCUGACUGGAAUCCCACGGUAGAUCAGCAAGCAAUGGAUCGUGCCCAUCGUUUGGGUCAGACCAAACAAGUCACGGUGUAUCGGCUCAUCUGCAAGGGAACCAUCGAGGAGAGAAUUUUGCAGAGGGCUCGCGAAAAGAGUGAGAUUCAACGGAUGGUCAUAAGUGGAGGCAAUUUUAAACCAGACACACUGAAACCAAAGGAAGUUGUAUCUCUGCUACUUGACGAUGAGGAAAUUGAGCUGAAGUAUCGCCAGAAGACUGAGGAGCGAAAGAACCUGGAGGAGUCAUCAAGAGCUGAGAAGGAUCGAGAUAGAAAGAGAAAAUUGACUCCAUCAAAUAAGGCCAUCGAUGGUUCUGCUAAGAAAGCACGCGAUGGUGGAAGUGGCAGCAAUUCGGGCGUGCUCCUAGAUGCCGAUGAGAUGGCAUUUUUGGAGUCUGGUGCCCCUAGUCCCGUGGCCAGUGAGAUUAGCCAUGGCAGUGGGAAGAUUUUGGAAGUUACCCCAGCAGAUGACUCCAGCAAUGAGGCUCUAGUUGUUGAUUGCGACAGUCCAGGUGGAUCUUCGGCGCCAGCUCCAUUCAGUAUGCAUAAAUCGCGACGAAGGCACAAUCCGCGUGGCACGAAAAGAGGACGUCCUCGAGGUUCACGUCGCGGCGGUGGCAACAGUCUGGGACGUCUGGAGGCAGUUGCAGCUCAUCUAUCAGCAGACGGCACUGCAGUGGGACCAUCGACGAGUGCUGGUGAUUUAUCGGGAGUCCAGCCGCCGGCUGUUCCGCCCAUCGUCCGUCGUGGACCCGGAAGACCAAGGCUGAAGAUCUCUGGGCCGCGGAAUCAGGGCUACAGAGGCAAACCACGACCCAGGAAGCCAAUUGGGCCUCUUGUGGUGCCACUUGGUCAGAGUCCGGGGCCAACACCUCCGGGAAGGAGUCCAGCACUAAGUCCGGCUCCAAGUCCUGCCCCAGAGAAAACCCAUGGCUUCUAUCAGCCCAUGAAUGAUAAUGUUUAGAAAAAAUAAAACUGGGAUUUCUCUUGGGCGAGGAUUUUCCCAGAAUUUUCCUCGGUUGUGUAAGAUUAUAUUGUCAAGUGUAGAUGUUCCUUUUUUUUGCAGAGAAAUACAGCAAUUAAAAAAGGUAA